CUUGAGGCCAGGCAAGGCCGGAGCCCGCCAGUGUGGUUGGAAACGUGACAGAGGGAAGACGUAACUCCAAGCGCUUUAUUUCAGGAAGAGAGGAUUCGCAAUGUCACAUGUGCUCAGCGCCGCGCCUGCAGUGGCACGGUGCCUGCCCUCGCACUCGGCCUCGGCACGCAGGUGGAUCAGUCGGAAUGUACGGGGUCGUGUGCUAGCCAUCAGACGUGAAGACCAGAGUGUAUGGGAGAGAAGGGCGCCUCUUGGGCCAUCACAGGUCAGACAGCUGGUCAAAGAUGGAGUCAAGGUUAUUGUACAGCCAUCGAACCGACGAGCUUACCCGAUGCAGGCUUAUCAAAAUGCAGGCGCAAAAAUACAGGAAGAUAUCUCGGAAGCGCCCGUUGUCAUAGGCGUCAAACAAGUACCCAUUGAUCAGCUAAUACCCAACCGCACGUACUGUUUCUUCUCGCAUACUAUAAAAGCACAGGAGGCAAAUAUGCCCCUACUGGAUGCUAUUCUAGAAAAGAACAUCAGACUGAUCGACUACGAGCGGAUGUGUGACGAGCGAGGCCAGAGAGUGGUCGCCUUCGGAAAAUACGCGGGUGUUGCGGGAAUGAUCAAUAUCCUCAAUGGGCUUGGACUCCGACUCCUUGCCCUGGGUCACCACACGCCUUUUAUGCAUAUUGGACCUGCACAUAACUACCGUAACACCGAAAUGGCGAGACAGUCCAUUCGUGACACAGGCUACGAAAUAUCCCUGGGAAUGAUGCCCAAGUCCAUUGGUCCGUUGACUUUCGUCUUCACUGGAACUGGAAACGUGUCCCAAGGAGCGCAGGAGAUAUUCCAGGACCUUCCUCAUGAAUACGUCAGCGUCCAGGCUCUUAAGAAGGUCUCCGAGCAUGGAUCGCUGAAUAAGAUGUACGGGUGUGAAGUCAGUCGCCAAGACCAUCUGGUGAGGAAGGACGGAGGCAAAUACGAUGCUGUUGAGUACGAGGAACACCCAGAGAGAUACAUUUCAGUUUUUGCGCACAAAAUUGCCCCGUAUGCGUCAGUGAUCGUGAACGGCAUAUACUGGGCUGUGAAUUCCCCCAAGUUAUUAACAAUUCCGGAUGCAAAGUACCUUCUACAACCAGUCUACACGCCAUGGCUUCCUAUAUCGAAGCAGAGGCAGAGGGAGACAAAGCAGGGAAACAUAAGUAUGGACGAACGUAAAGUGAUAACCAACGACACUGCAGGUGACAAGAAUAGGAUCGGCUCCCCGGCUUUACCGCACCGCAUGUUGGCCAUCUGCGACAUCUCAGCUGACCCCGGCGGCUCCAUCGAGUUCAUGUCUGAGUGCACGACCAUCGACACACCCUUCUGCCUGUACGAUGCUAACCAGAAUAAAGACACGAACAGCUUCAAAGGGCCUGGCGUUCUCGUGUGCAGCAUAGACAACAUGCCGACGCAGCUGCCACGUGAGGCGACCGAUUUCUUUGGCUCUCUGCUCCUGCCCUACAUGUACAGUAUCUUGCAGUCAGAGGUUUCGAAGCCGUUUGAGGAGCAUAACUUCAGUCAUGAGGUUCAUCAGGCAGUAAUUACAAGUGGCGGAUCCCUGACCCCGAACUUCCAGUACAUAUCGGACCUGCGAGCACAAAAUAAAGCGACAAGCAAAGCAGCCUUCGACAUUGCAAGCAAGGCGAAAAAGGCCCUGGUUCUUGGGGCUGGCUACGUGUCGGCGCCGCUGGUUGAGUACCUCGCUCGCGAUUCGAACACAGGCAUUGUUGUCGCCUCUGGGUUGAAGGAUGAAGCCGACGCCUUGGCAGAAAAACAUUCCAACGUGGAGCCCGUUCUCCUGGAUGUGGUGGAACGACCUGACCUUCUGGCGGAUCUUGUGAAGGACACCGACGUCGUGGUGUCUCUCCUUCCUUACACCCUCCAUCACGAGGUGGCGAAGCAUUGUAUUAAGACAAAGACUAACAUGGUCACAGCUUCCUACUGUACACCAGCCAUGAAGGAAUUACACGAGGCAGCCGUUGAUGCUGGUAUAACUGUUGUCAAUGAAGUUGGCUUAGAUCCUGGAAUUGAUCAUUUGUACGCACUUGAAUGUUUCGAAGAGGUUCACAGAGGAGGUGGCAAGAUCGAAUCUUUUGUGUCUUUCUGCGGUGGUCUUCCAGCUCCUGAAUUUUCAGACAAUCCUCUUCGCUACAAGUUCUCUUGGAGCCCGAGAGGUGUCCUCCUUAACACUCUAGCUGGAGCAAAGUACCUAGAGCAAGGAAAGGUUGUGGAAGUUGCGCCAGGAGGUUCUCUUCUGGACACAACUGAAGACUUCUCAUUCCUCCCUGGUUUAGCCCUCGAAGGGUUCCCCAACCGGGAUUCCACAGUCUAUGGAAACCUGUAUGGUAUCACAGAAGCCCAGACCAUCUUGAGGGGUACACUGCGCUACAAGGGCUUCUCUGAGGUGGCGAAGGCUCUCAUUAAACUCGGACUCAUUGAUCCUAACCCACAUCCGAUGCUACAUCACGGAGGACCUGAUAUCACAUGGAAACAAUUGAUAUGUACCCUGCUGGGCCAAAUGGAUGCUAAUAUCUUCCCUGACAACCUGAGGGCUCUUGUUGCCGAAUGUGUUGACAACGAUUCUCAACUGGCUGGCAUUGAGGCUCUGGGACUGCUGACUGACGACCCUGUGGUUAAGUGUGUCACUCCUCUGGAUACCCUCUCCCACUACCUGUCGAAGAGGCUAGCGCUACAACCUGGAGAACGUGAUCUGAUUGUGCUGCGACACGAAGUGACCAUCAACUGGCCUGACGGCGGAAAGGAGCUCCGAGGAAUCAACUUGGUGUGCUACGGAGACCCCACAGGAUACUCUGCGAUGGCGAAGACGGUGGGUUAUCCAGCAGCUAUUGCCACGAAGAUGGUGCUGGACGGCGAGAUCCAAGGCAGGGGAAUGGUGCUGCCAUUUACUCGUGAUAUUUACCUUCCCAUCAUAUCCAGACUUCGGGAUGAGGGCCUGGCAGCCACAGAAAAAUCUGUCUGGCUAUAAGGUUUCCUCAUGAACUGUGUUGUCUACAGAAGCUCAAUUCAUAUAUCAAUAAGAAUGUGUCCUGAAUAGUAAUCCCUUAUAGUCAAUGACAUUACCCCUUUGAUAAACUAAAAAAGCUCAUCUAUAAUUCCUUAUUUAACAAAGUAAAUCACUGACGAUUGAAGAUGGCAUUGCAUAAAGAGCCAUGAAUGUUCUAUUAAAGCUUCACUUCAACCUCAUAACGAAAGUUACCUAAAUUUUCUGAUGUUCCUUGAAUUAGUUCUGCAUGUCAGAUUAUGUGUAGUGAAUGUUACCCAGGAUUGCAUUAGUUCAGUAUUUUGUCUGCAGACAGCAGCAUUCUUGAUUUUUUUCAGAAAUAUAGUGUCCUUUUAUUAUGCUGAAGAUUACACAAAAAAUUACUCUUGAAUUAUGUAUAGUAUCAGGAAAUUUGCUCAUCUAUAGUGUAUAGAUUUAUGUGUUAUAGUCUGUAUCCUUCAAUACAUACAUAUGUAUGAAUAUAACCAUACAAAGCUUGUGUACAAAGAUAAAAUGAAACAACUGCAAUAGGAAAGAAACAGUGUCAGUUUCUUGCAUCAGCUGGGUUACAUUUCAUAUAUAUGGAGUAUACUUUAGAAAAAAUAGAUGAAAAUGAGGUAGAAUUCACGAAAUUCAAAGUGAAUUAUGUAACUAUAUAAUUUACUUUUUGAUAUUUUUGACAAUAUUUUUACCUUUAACCCAGGUAGCCUUCCUUGAUUAGACACUAAGUGUCUCUAAAUGGAAGUGUUUUUCCCUGGUUAUCUGUGCAAGCAAGAGAAAAAAAGGAAAUUUAAAAUGCACAGUUCCUAGACCUCUAAAAUGUUUUAGUCGUUACCCUUGACCAUAAGUUUAUUAUACAUACUGUAUGUUUCUUGAACAUUUUGAAUGCAUAAAUUGUGAAUCUAACUGUAGACUACUUAGUUGAUGGAUCUUUCAUCAGUUAAUGGCAAAACAAAUGUAAAAUGAUAGGCAAGAUUUAUGUAAGUGAUGUACUACUGAACUUAGUAUUGCUGAAUAGCUCACAGUACAAUAUAUUUUUUAUCAUUGUUUGAUAAUAGGAUAAUAUUUGUUAUCUGAUUGAUAAUAAACCACAAAAUAUA